ACAGAUAGCUAACUCCAAGCUAACCGUAAAGCAAAGCGGCUCGUUUAGCCGCCCUGACAAGCGCUAAUAUCACGUCCACGGAAAGGAUUUAUCCACUUUAAAACAUUUAACAGAUAAAAACACAACGCUCCUGACAGAGGCAAGACGUCUGCCUGUCUCCACUGUAUGAUCUCAGCCUUUGAGUUUGUGGGACGUGCUGCCAGAUGACCAGCAGACCUCACCGCUCAUCAUGAAUCCCGUCAGCUAUCAGAGCAUGCUGUCGUCUGUGAGCGGUGGACAUUCCAGUCUGGUCCUGGACCGUGUACUGAACACCUCAAACGUGAAAAGCUGUCAGAAAUGUGGCUUUGCAUGCAUAGACACUGCAGAGUUCAGGAAGCACAUGCAGGAGCACAAGGGGCUGACGAGGUUUUACUGCUUCUACUGCAACAAGGUGUCAUUCAGUGAGGCAGAGUUGAACGCUCACCUGAAGCUACACAACUCAACGUAUCCGUUCAAGUGUCCUCACUGUGGACAGGGCUACAUGAGGAGGCUGUGCCUUGUGAAACACAUCGAGCGUUUGCACAGUAAAAGCAUCAAUCAAGUUCCCGCUAAGCCUGGCACGACAAAAAGUCCACACGUUCCUGUCUCCAGUGCCUUAUCAAGUGUGCCCACUGCUGAGCCGUCACCACUACGACCAGCUGUUCGGGUGAUGGUGCCCCCCCUGAGUACACCUGCAGUCAGGCUGGGGAAAGAUGAACAGAGAGGGAAAACACUGGAAACAAAUUUAUCAAACACCACUAAUGGUAACACCGAACUUUUGUCCCCCUUGAAUGGACUCAUUCAGCAGAACAGGGCUCUGACGGUGUCUCUUCCAGAGGAAGUAACGAUCCCCGCCGGCUGUUUGGUUGAACUUGUCGAGGUGAAAACUGUCAAUGGGACAAAGGAGCUAAAGCUGAGGCUCGUCUCUCAGCAAGAAAACGAGUCUGUGAUUAAAGACACAAGGACCACGGUCUCUCAAAACACCGCUGUGGGAAAGCCAUUCUUAUCCACGUUAAAUCAUCCAAACACGGUGAAGUCUAUGAGCAUGGGGAUGUGCAGCGUCAACAGGAAACAGUGUGAAACAAAGACUGUGAAUGUGGAGCGCCCUGCUGAGCGCUCAGUCAAUGUUUCCAAAAACAUCCCGAGUCAAGUAAGCAAAGACAAAAGCGCCUUGAAAAGAGUGUCAUCAGAGGUAAUCAACUUGGAGAGUCACACAGUCGUUCCAAACAAGGUUCCCAAAAGCAUCCUCAAUCCUGUACGAGAGGGAAACAGCGGGAUCAAAGUUACGCAGAGAGAACCUGUGAACCACAGUGCAGCUCUGCCGUCUGUCAUCUCCAGCAGGGCUGUCAACAGGUUCACAAGCACCCUGCAUCCAGAGAACAUGGGAGCCUGUGUUUCUCAGAGAGCGAUGGAUGAGAGGAGGACUUUAAUUCCAGAGCAUUCCAAGAGCAUCCCACCCAGGAGGGCGAACGACAUGAAAAUCUCUCGGGAUAACAUGUCGGUGGCUGUCAAGCUGGAACCUGGGGAGAUGAAGAACAACACGUCUUCACAAAUAAAGAAAGAGGCAGUGGGCUUGAACCAGCAAAAAUCUGCUUCUCCUUCCUUGAGUCGUCUCCUGGGUACAGCUGCCCAGGUGAGGCCUCCAACAACUCUAUCUUGUAAGGAUAACGUUGCAAAGACAUCCUUUUCAAUACCCAGGGCUGUUCAUGAGCCCAUAUCAGUCAAAACACCGGUGCUUUCAAACUGCUUAAACUCAAAGACGUCGGCUUGGACACAGGAAGUCAGAUCCAAUGAGAGAGCCGGAGAAGGAGACAUGGCGGAGCCUGAGGGGUUUCCUGUCAUCUCGUCUGUGUUCUCUUUGAGUCAACAACCAGAUGAUGUUCAAGGCAACAUGCAACCACUUGUAAUGGCUCUGCGCGGGAUAGUGAUGGAUAAAAGUAACAGCUCUGCCAGUACAACUCCAGAUUGCAUUAAGAUAACAAACAGCACGGUGCAGGUGAGGGAGGCGCCAAAAGUGGGGUUCUGUGCCCGGAUGGCCACAAAAGAUGGAGCCAUCACCGGCAACCUCAUAUUGACGAGGCAGACUAGUGAGCCUGUGAAGGUAGAGGACCAGGAUAAAGGUACUCAGCACCCUCCCGCGCUGACCAACAACCAUAUCCACGUCAAGAAGGAAAAAUAUAGCACUAAGCAAACAGACAAUAACAAAUGCAGCCACACUCCUCCUCCGAAAUCUUCAACAGAAAAAGAUUCUGUGUCCGUUCGUGUAAAUUCACCUGAGCCUGUUCAGCAAAUGGAAAAAAGUGAGCAGGACGUCUCCUCAAAAUUCCUCACCGUCUCUCUGAAACGGGUACAAGUUGGCGUGUGGAAAAAAAACAAGAAAGGACUGAAACUUAGAAUAUCCAAAUACAAGACUCAGGUACCCAUGAGCAGUCUAACGGAUUACACAGUCGUUUACCCGAUGCCGCUGAAGGUGGACCAGCUGGUGAAGCGACCGGGCCCCAACCAGCCUGUGGUGGUGCUCAAUCACCCGAGGCCGCGGUCCUCGCUUCAGGGAGCGAGAGCAGACUCAUUAGUGGACGCGGGAGGCGCCUCUGAGGUGGCUCCAAAGUGCCAAAUCUUAAAAAUGAGGCUGAGCAAAGUGGUGGGGCAGAAGUACGAGGUGAUGGGAUGCACCGUUGGAGUCUUUCCAUGAACGCGUCAGCAGGGAGAGGUGUACAUUAACGAGAAAAUAACUAGUAUUACAGUGGGAAGAUGCCGACUUGAAAAACAUCAAAAUAUUAGGGCAGUUAUUUUCUUUAUGGGAGCAAAGAACGGACAUGUGAUUAUCACUGAGCAUUGUGUUAUGUUUAUAUAGGCAUGGGAUACGGAUUAUUUCAAGUGCAAUGAAAAUGAAACACGGACCAUCUGCUGUAGUAGAUUGCAGUCAGUGUAAGUACUGUUUCGGAAGUGUGAGAAACCAGACGAGCCGUCAGAGCAGAGGUGUAAAUGCAUGCUGUUUACCCUAAAAAGGAUACUGUAUUUAUUUUUAUUUGCAUCAGUAUUAUUUUGCAGUUCACGUGGCUCCCGCUAGGUGCACCUGAGACUAGAAAUCUUUGUGUGCUAAUCUCAGAAUACUAAAAUGCCAUGAUAUGGACCAUGCAUGGCUCCUUAUUUUGACGAUAGGGAAAUCAGUGGUGGAUAUUAAAGGUAUACUAUGCAGGACUGUCCUAAAGAAAUGUAUGAAUUUAAAAGUAUCCCUCUCAACCAUCACUUCCGACCUACUAGAAGUGUGUGGCCAUGUGUUUUUAUUCUUCUUCUUUUCUAUAUAUUCCCAUUUUCUGUGUUCAGGUGUUAAGGGCGUGUGACCCCACAGCACUUAGGUGAGGUCGGGGCUUUAGAAAAAGGUUGCAACGAGGGAAGCAGCAGAGACAUAGUGCUGAAAAAUGCAAAUAUAAUUACUUUCAACUGACAAUCCUGCGUAGUAUACCUUUAAGUAACCAUCACGUGUUGUGUGAGACGUCAUUGCUUCUCACAUGCAAUAUUUAGCACAAAAAAAUAUACACUGAAAGAAUGUCUUAAUACAGUAUAACCCACAUUUUUUCAGUUUUUAACACUCACAUUAACAAACUAAUCCAAGGCAAGGAAAACAAACAGUCAGCAUAUAUGAGCAUAAAGUACGCCUAUAAAAAGUUUUGCUUCUUGGACACUCUCCCGCAUUCCUCAUUUAUUGUGAUGAUGGCUACUUGUUUAGACACUAAUGCAGGAGUUGCAUCCCAAAAAACUCAACAUUUCAGCACUGAUUACUUUAAAAGUGGUGACUGAGGCCCAUCUCAUUUCCAAAGCUCGAAAGAGAAAUGGCAGCGUCACAUGUGCGGCACUCAGUAUCGGUCAGUGGUGUAAUGGUGCAUUCAGGCACUCUCUGCAAACUCUUACAUUUGGGGAAAUGUUGCAUGACCGUGUCGUAUUUGCCACACGGCCACCAGUCACUGGUAGAUUCAUCAAAUGAGCUGGGCUAAUGAAAUAGGCACUGCAAGGUGUAUAUAACAGACGCUGGGUGUGCCUGCAGCUGUUUGUCUUUGUUAUCAGUUUGAGUGUGUCGUGAAUCACAGGGUGUUGCGGAGAAACAGACACUAGGUGUGCCAAUCGUCCUGUGUGUGUUGUGUGAAGUGAAAUGUCAUGGCUGUACUGUAAACAUGGAGCCUUGUUCUCACACAAGUGUUUACAACUUGGUGGUACAUUUGAAGGUUUUUGUCUUUACCAGAUGGCGAAGAGUGCCUGAAUGCACCGUUAGUUAUAGGCGUCUGAAGCUAAAAGCUAAACCAUUCACUACUGUCCGGAUGGAUAAAAAGGUGAACUCUAAGUCUUAAAGAAUAAUUCUGCAUUUUCAGUCUGAUUACUAAAUGAUUUUUAUUAUUAUUAUUAUGACAUUAGUUUGUUUUAAUAAAAUUUCAAUGUAUAACUCAUCACAGAUAUUUUGUGAUUAACUUAUUGGAGGUAACAAUCCCAGAAACAAGUGUUAACACCAUGUUGGAUUGUUGUCACUCCUUGUGCCAUAUAGUUUGCAUUUUUUUAAAUGUUACACUUCCAUGUAUAGCCUCUGUGCAGCUUUAACUGGUGGUACCGGAUGGAUCGUGAUAAAGCAGCUGGUUUAUUACUGUAACAGAAAGCCACAUACUUGUGUUUUAUCUCCUGUACAUACUAAGUGACUGUGGUGAUUCUGGGAACCUGCUUAAAAAACCGUGUAUAUUUUUCGGGACACAAACUCUCUCCCUGUUAAUCUUCCUGCGACAGCAUAACGACACCUGUGUGUUCUUGUUUAUAAUGUAACCAUGAUGUACGAGGUGCUAGACCUAUGAUCCAAUGUAUAGGUUUUGGUUGCCCAGUUUUUAUCAUGUAUAUAUGUUUCGAUCACCCACAGAUUUUAUCGUGUACAUACCUAUAAAUAUAAAACGUGCUAAGUGGUGGUCAUACUCGGUAGGGGAUGGUUAAACGUUCCACAGCCUCUUCUGCGACAGCGGUUACGUUGUGCUUUACUCUCCCGGCACUGCGGCGCCUGAAGCUGCCGUGUUGUCUUUGUUAUAUAUACAGUUAUUUUAAAGGUGUUUAAGGGCGUGGCAGUUGUUCCUUAAUGUUUUUCCUUUGCUUUUCACUCAUUUCUCAUUUGUGUUACAAUGACCCCAUGUUGCUGUUGAGACUGUUUUUUGGUUUUACAACGUUCUCAGUGUUCAUUAUCGUGUUUCAUGCUUUUAUAAUAACAAUUGUGUAACUCCUCUUUUUUCUAUUAAAACAUGAUCACAAAUUUGUUCAGCCUGUUCCCUUUUGUUAAUCAGAAUGGCAUUACAUAACGAGCACAGGAUCAUCAUGUGACCUUUCUCAUGGUAGGUCAACAGGGCUCAUAACAUACUGAGCAGCUCUCAAGCCCCAUUGGUUAACAGUGAGACCACUGGAGCAUGACGACAGCGGGGUUUAUUGCGUGUCAUUCACAGCACACAGCUUGACCUGCCUCAGUAAAGAGCACAGGUGUAUGUGAUAACAGUAAUGAUGGUUCCAUUUUGUACAAGUGUGCCAUUAAGUAUGACAGCACAGUGCAGCAGGCACAAUACCAGGACACUGGAGCGAAAGCAGCUGAACAGAAUUCAGCCCUCAUUAAUUCAUUUUUAUCAUUUACACCUGUGUUUUUCUACUGCGAUAAGUCAAAAUGUCUUCAGGGAAAGACGACCUGUCAGAUUCUGAAAGGCUGGUUCUUGCAUUUGUAUCUCGUUGACUAAAACCAGAAGGUGUGAACACAUAACUCCUGUUUUUAACUCUUCGCUGGCUCCCAGUAAAACAAAGACUUGACUUCAAAACACUGCUUGUUUUUAAAUCUAUGAAUGGUUUAGCUCCUUCCUGAAUUCACAGAGCUCCUCACUUUUCCCAUUAUAAAUUCUGAAUCACUUUAUGUUGCUUUUAGUCAAUGCCACAUUUUAUAAUUCUGCACAAUAAGAGCAAGAGUGUCUUCUUUUAAAACCAUAUAAAAGGGUUAAGUUCUGAGUUUAUGGUUAACGGAAAAUCCUUUAUUUUAUUAAUAUGUAUUGUUAUUAUUAUUCCCGUUCACUAAUAUCUACUUAUCUUAUUUGUUUCAUUGUAAUACCUCCUUAUCUUAAUUGCUCCUGUAUAUGUUUUUAUCAUGUA